AUGGAAAAUGGUAAACACCCUUCGCCUCUCCAACUCCGACUCCAACAACAACAACUACCCCAACCACCGCAUCAAGCGCAUCUGUGGAAGGUGGUGGUGGUGGCCUCAAUAGGAGCCAGGGUUCAGUUCAGUUGGACUUUGCAAUUCUCUCUCCUCACACCAUACGUCCAGCUUCUAGGCAUCCCACACAAAUGGGCAUCCUACAUAUGGCUCUGCGGCCCCAUCUCCGGCCUUGUGGUGCAACCUCUCGCCGGCUUCUACAGCGACUGCUGCUCCUCCAAAUUCGGCUGCCGCCACCCCUUCAUUGCAGCUGCCACCGCUCUCGUCACGCUCUCCGUCAUCCUCAUCGGCUUCGUCGCCGACCUCGGCCACCUCUCUGGUGACCGCCUUGAUUCCGGGGCCGUCAAGCCCCGUGCCAUCACCAUCUUUGUGGUUGGAUUCUAG